AUGAACCAUGAAGCUCUAUUACAACUCUACAAAAUAUUAUCUGAGCUAGCUUAUCUUACUCUUCCCUUCUGUCUCAGCGCUGCUGCCCUGAGCACCCAGAAAUGCCCUCCAGUCAAGGACAUCAAAACCUACCAAACCACGCCCCAAGAUAGCCAAGCAGACGGCCAAUUCACCUCCUGCGACAACUUCUCCAACAGUCCCAAGAUGCAGGACAUCAAUGCCUCCUCCUACAACUGGUGGUACUUUGACGCCAUUGGCACCGACGGUGUGUCUUCUCCUGCCGUCGUCUUCUUCGUUGAGGCGAAUCGGUCUGGCUUCACCGUCACCGAAAACUUUACCAACAUGGACUUCAUCCAAGUCUCGGCACUUUCCCCAACGGUACUGUCUUCAGCGACCUCCUCUUUGCCGAUAAUGCAAUUGUGUCCACCAACGGUGAUGGAUCUAGCGGACUACGUCCUGACCCUUGACGCCGAGGACUUGGGAUACAAGGGAUCCUUCUCUAUGCACUCGAUCGCUCCGCCCCGUUACCCUUGCAGUCCCAAGCGUGGCAACGUCUCCUCUUCAUUGGGACUAAUGGAGAAAUCGAGUUAUACGACCAUCUAA